AUGGAGGAUGCAUCUGGGAGUUGUGGCGUCAGGGAGGCGUUGGGCUUGCCCUACGGCAUAGCCGGAGGUCGAAGCCUCCUACAUAGCCCUACACCAAUCACUAUAUCGGCUGUUAGCCACAGUAACCAUCAAAAUUAUGGAUCGCAGCCUGUGGCAGGAAUGAUCUGUUAUCGAAGACACCCAUUGAAUUAUACAGGAAUUACAGAAUAUGCAGACUACAUUUUAAGAGAUAUGUUUCUCAAUUACGAGCAAACAAGACUGCAGCCACAUGCUAUCCUAAACUCGACUUUCAGAAGAAGUUCAGAAGAUAAGGCAGAAAGUACAGAGGCACAAAAUGUUAAUGUUAUGGACGCAAUACUUACAGAAGGUACUACAGUGGAAAUAGAUACAAUUGAUAGUUUAGGUAAAGUCUUAUAUCAGGUGUAG